AUGAGUCUAAACAAACUGACUCAAAGCUUAAUAAAGCUCCAAAACCAAGAAAUGAUAAAACUUCUGACUGAAAAGUCCAUUGAAAUCAGAAAACUCCAAGAUGAUAAAACUAAACUCCAGCAAAGAAUCAGUGAAUUAACUAAUCAUGUAAAAAGCUUAAAAGCCCUUGUAAAAGAAAAAGACAAGCAAAUAGAGGAUCUAGAAAAAUUUAUGUCAAACAAAGAUAAUAUUACCACCUCUUUAAAGCCAAAAAUCAGAGGUUCAUCUUCUCAGCCGAAUUUAAACUUAACUGAUAGGCUUACAUCUGCAAAAAGCUCAAGAGAAACCCCUAAAAGUCGUAGAACUCCCAGGAUCACAAUUGAUGAAUCAUUAUCAUCUUUAUUAGAUGAAUUUAUGCAAAACCGACCAAUUACAACCUUAAGCAGAACAACCUCACAGGUCCAGGUUUUAAAAAAUGCUUUGGCAAGCCCUUAUUUCAUGCCUACAAGCCAUUUGAAGAAAAAAAGGCAAGCAAGCUUAAGCAAGCCUAAAGAAGUUGUAAAUUUAACAGAAGAAAUGGAAAAUGUUUUAAAAAGACUUGAAUUAGUGCUUGAAGGCUGGAAAGCAGCCGCAUAUGCAACGUAA